GAAACAUGUCUGAUGAAGAUAUAAUCACUACUUUAGCCUACACCAAGAGCCCAAAGUUCUCCAAAAGAACCACUUUUCAGGAAGAGCUACAAGAAGCGCUUCUUGCUCGUGCAGUAAAGCAGCAGACUGAAGAAUAUUCAGAAGACUUUGAAAGUGAUGAAGACAUAGAAGAGGAAUUUCCUGAAUCUGUGGAAAACACCCCUCCUAAAUCAGCAGUCUUUACAGUAUCCAAGUUUAAUCUUUGUAACAGGAACACUUUCAAAAGUGAAAGUGCAGAUGACUUGUCUUCAUCAGAGGAAGAUGAGGGAUCUCAAUAUGCGUCCAUUCUGGAGAGAGAGGUUUUGAGCGAGGAGAGUCAAGCUAUCCCCUUUUCACUAACUGAACAUUCUGGAUCAUGUGAAAGGAGUGCUGCAAAACAAUCCAUUCCAUUUGAAAUAUCUUUGUCAGAUCACUAUUCUUCUGAAAAAGAAACUGCUGAUAACUCGGCUUUGACAAACUAUGAAGAAAUACACCAAGAAACAACCACAUCAGAAAAUAAACAUCUGAUCAAAGACACCCAAGAUGAUACAGCUAUGGAAGAAAGGUCUAAUUGUGAGGAAGAGUACAAUCGUAUAGAGGAGGCAACUAGGCUUGAGGGAAAGAAUAGGAUUCAGUGUAAAAUGGAAAGCAGGCCAGUGCCAAAGCCAAGGGAAUUCAAGACUAAGGCUGCAUCAGCAUCCGCUGAAAAUGUAAGUAUUCCUGCAUUAUAUGAUUUUUCAAAGCCAUCUCCUCAACCUAGAAGUAUUUUGAGAAAAAGUAGCCAUGUGGAAGACUAUGAAGGAACCAAGGCAGAGGAUAGAAUAUCUUAUCACCAUCGACUGUUUUCAUUAUCUGCACCAUCUUCUGAAACAAGGUUAAAUGAUCAAGUGAUGAAAUCUGAAAAAAGAGCACUUUCUGAAAGUCCUGGUGCUGAGGGCCCCUUGAUUGCAAACUCCUCAUCCUCAUUCCCUAUCCAUUUUUCAUCAGCAAAUGAGAAAACUGGAGAUUCUAAUUUGGCAAUAUCUGGAGGUGAAUCCUCUUCAAAAGAUAAUAAACAUAAAGGAAUUGACAACUGCCAUGAUCUCAGAUUGCUGGAGAAUGACAGAAAAUCUCCUUCGGUCAUAGAAUUAAUGAUGACCACAGUUUAUGAGAAUUCUAAGAAGCAAUACAAGUCAACUGAAGACUAUCUAGAACGAAAGGUGCAGAUGUUAAAAUCCAAUGUCACUGAAGAUGAGUCUAUUGAGACACCAAAAGAUGAUAAAUCAGGAAAGGAAGUAGCACUAAGUACUUCAAAAUCCAUAAUGGAUAAUUCAAAGGGUUCUGUAAAGGAAGAACAUGAAGAAGUAGAGGCAGCUCCACAAAAAGCUAAAACCAGAUCUUUAAGUGCUACGUAUUUGAAGAAAACUGGGAAAUCCUCUCCUGUCCCAACAAGUACAUCUGCUCAAUAUUUAGGGACAUUAAAGAUCUUGGACAACAAGCAUCUACAGAAAUACAGUGCUGAGCUAGAUAAAGCAGAUAGUUUACGAGCAGCUGUUUACCAGGACUGGUUGGAAAAGAAGAGAAUCUUCCUUUUGGAAUUGCAAAGAAUAAAAAGAAACAAAGCUGAGAACUUGCGGGAGAAAAAUGAAAAGAAAGAAGCUGCUAAAAAAGAAGAAGCGCUUGCAUCCUUUGAAGCUUGGAAGGUUAUGAAAGAAAAAGAGGCAAAAAAAUUGGCUGAGAAAAAAAAAUUGGAAGCAGCAAAGAAAAAGGAAGAAGCAGAACUAAAUGAGAAGAAAAAGGAAGAGGCACAAAAGGCAGCUUUUGAGAAAUGGAAAGAAAAGAAAGCUGAAUAUUUAAAACAGCAAAUACAAAGGGAGAAAAGAGUUGAAAGAUUAAAAAAGAAGAAAGAAUGGGAGGUUGUUGCAGAGAAAAGAAAAGACAGCAGGUCUGCAGUUGAAAAAUGGAAUGAGAAAAAAGAAGAAUUCAUGAAGCAAAAGAAAAAAGAAAAAAUCCAAGAAAGAAAAAAAGAAGUAGAACAACAGGUUGAGAAAGAAGAACAAGAUAAAAGAGCAUUAGACGAAUAUAAAAAAUGGCUGGAACAACCGCUCCUACAACACCAUGUCAGAACUGCCCAGAACCAGCGUAGCAUAGCAGCAGCUGCACAAAAGAAAGAGAUGGACGAAAGUAUACAGAAAAAACAGAAGAAACUUCAGGUUAUUCUUGAGGAUGAAACUCCACCUCCGUGGAGUCCACCUGGCAAAGCUGUGUCCUCAAGAAGCUAUUGAGAUGCCCAGUGCCAUGAGGGAAGUUGAACUUUUUGCCAUCACUUAAUCAUCAUUGCACAACACCUGAUUUUAACAUGAAUUGAAAUUGGCUCUUGCAUAUUUUCUAUGUGAAUGGUGAUUUGGAUCGUCAGUACACAUAUACCAUAUGUUAUAAACGCAUGCUUCUCUGCACACAAGGAGAUGAAUUGACAGAAUUGUUUGUGUGAAUAGACCCUCAGCUGCCAACUAUGGCAAAUUUUAUCAACAGUAUUAAGUGGCUGUGUAAGCCAGUUAGACUCAUUUAAUAUCAACUUAUUUCUACAUAAAUGGUUGAAUGUUAAAAAUAAAUAUAUUUAGGUAGCCAACAUAAGGCUGCUUUGAUGAAAAUUAAUGGUGGACACAUGAGACCCUCCUUAAGGUUUUUUUUUUUUUAACAAUUAGAGCUUUUUCCAACCACAAUUGCCAAAAAAUGAUGCAACGGCUUCCUGUAGUGUAAUCAAGGCUGUCCAAUGCUUUGGAUUUUAUUUAAGGGUGAUUCUGAGAAAAAUCUGGUUU